AUAGAGGAUAGAUAAUAUAUAGACAUGAUAAUAGAUAUAUAGGUAGACAGAUAAUAGACAGACAAAAGAUAGAUGGUAAAUAUGGAUAUAUUUAUGUAUAACUUAGCUCCUAGAUAGAUAAUAAAUAAUUAGGUGGUAGGUAAAAGACAUAAAUUACAAAUAAUAUAAAUUUGUAUGAGGUAUAAAUUAGCCCUUAAAAGAAUGACAGAUAAUAGAUAAUGUAUAAUUUUACCAAUUUAUCCAAUAUUAUUUCUAAACAUUCACUGUGUUUUAUUAAAUACAUACUAAAUAAUUAGAGUAUAUUAUUUAGAUUACACUGUAUAUAUUCUAGUAUGGUAGUACAUGUUUUCAUACAGAACAUAGUGUCCAAGUGUAAAUUCUUACCAUCAUUCUACAGUUUAUUUCAUUAAAAAAGCCCCCCAGAAACAGUGUAUGUACUAUUUUUAUAUGUCAAUGGAUACCUUACUGACUUUUAAUUACAUUACAAAUGUAAUUAUUAUAUAUAGAAAUUUGAAACUAUUUUAUAGACAUUCUGCUUAAAACUACACAGUAAGUCAAACACCUCAAUAGGGGAAACAUGCAAAACUGUCAGUAAGAAUUCGACAGAGGUGGUGACGUAAAAGACCUCCAAAUGAAGAGAUGUUCAAUUUUGUUAAUGACUAGAGAGAUAAUAAGACAGUAAUAAAUGAUGAUUUCACAGCUACUACCCUGGCUAAAAUUUGAAAACAAGAUGAUACCAAGCAUCCUGACUAAUGAGACCAAAGCAAGGGCCUGCCAGGUCCAAGGCACUAGCAAUGUAGAAGACAUCUCAUCUCACCGUGAAAGAUGAGCUAAAAGGCCAGAUUUGCCUCUUAGAAGCCUGUCCAUAGCAAUGCAUAAAUGAACACCUGCACGAGAAGAAUAGGAGUUAGAUAUUUGAAUUAGAAUGGACUCAUAGGACAAGAGAGAGAUUGAUAAGCCAUGCCAGACAAAGUUUGAAGAGUGGGGUUUUGAUAUAAAGGAAAAGCCAGUUAGGACCCAAGUCCUUAUACAGAGCUGCACUUAGCAAGCCCUCUGCAACCUUGGGUUCAACAUUAGCAGAUUCAGCCUAUCACCUAUAAAAAAGUAUUCACAAAUGCUUCCAUGUGGUGUGAUACAUAGUAGGAUACAACUAUAACACUAGGAUUUAAGAGGCAGAGGCAGGAGGAUCAAGAAUCCAAAUUUAGCCUCAACCAGGUAGCAACUUUGUCUUGGAUAGGGUUUCAUUGCUGUGAAGAGACACCAUGACCACAGCAACUCUUAUAAAGAAAAACAUUUCACUGGGGCUGCCUUACAGUUUCACAGGUUUAGUCCACUAUCAUCUCAGCAGGAAGCUUGGCAGCACUGCAGGCAGACAUGGUGCUAGAAAAGGAGCUGAGAGUUCUACAUCUUGAUCUAUAAGCAGCAGGAGACUUUGUCCCACACUGGAUGUAGCUUGAGCAUUCAAAGCCCAACCCCACAGUGACAUACUUCCUCCAACUAGGCCACACCCACGUCAAUGUGGCCACACCUCCUAAUAGUGCCAAUCCCUAUGAGCUAAGCAUUUAAACACAUGAUUCUAUAGGAGCCAUUCAAACCUAUUGAAUAGGGAGACCUAUUCAAACCACCACAAAACUCAAGGUCACUGGAGACUAAUGAGACCUGCCUCAUAAACAUGUGUGCAUCUAGACUUCUUAACACUAUUUUCUAAGUAAUAUGACACAACAUGCAUAGUGUUUACAUUGAAUUAGAUGUGAUCUGUAUGGCAACACAUCGUUUUAUACAAAAAGACUUGAACCUCUGAUGACUAUGUUAUCCUCGAUGAGAGAAGGUUGCCCUGGAACCAUUCUCCAUUAGUUAACAAGGGACAACUCUUUAACCAUCAAUAAAGAUGAAUAUGGGGUCACAAACUGGCAAAGGAUUGGUUUCAGUUCCUACCAGCUUUCUAGUCCUAUGAAACAUGGGGGGGGGUGGGGUUCAGGUUCUCCUCUUUAGAGAAAGAACUGUUAAUGGUGUAAUGGAGUAGGAGGUGCAUGAUAAAGAAAGGAGACCCUUUGUAGUCCAAAAGAAAAAGACUAACGGUUUCCAUACCCAACUAAGCAAUUCAUUUAAGUAGAAUAAAGUUGUUUUCAGACAUAACAUGAAAAAAGUCAUACAAAAAUCCAAAAUAACCUUAGAAUAUUUGUUUUACUUUUAUAAAGUAUCAACAUUUAAUUAGAAUCAUGUCGGUUUUCCUGAAGUGAUUGCAUCCAUAAAUGUAUGAUGUUUGAAGAUGAGAUAAAAUGAGGAAUGCACAUGAAAUCUUACAGUACUGUAGGACAUCAUUUGAUAUUAGGGAAGCCACACAUAGUGGCUUAUACCUGUAGUCACAGCUAUUCAAUAAGCUGAAGCAGGAGAAUUCCUUGAGUUCAGAAGCUGAGGUCCAGCCUAGGCAACACAGUUAGAUUCUCAUCUUACAUUCAAGAAAAUGUGUGUAUUGAGAAGCUACAGCGUUCAAGUAUAGAAGGCAAUAAUGUAUGGGCCAGAUUGGCCUUCAAGCAGUGGCAGAGAAAGUCUGUUAAUGAGUGAAAAGGCACAAGAGAUGUCCAGUCAACAGAGACAUCCCCUGCACAGUGGGGGCACAGAGAUGAGCUCUGUGUGAGAGUACCACUGGUGCGUGGUCUAUUUGAGCAUGACUCUGAAGGAUAGAGAGGCAGCUGGGAUCCGAGGUUAAAGGUGCUGGAUGAGGGCUCAGGAAAGAACCUUUCAGGAAAUAGAAGCAUCCAGGAGUCCAGGAAGCCUUUAUGCCACUCAAGGUGUGGACCUUGGGGACUGAAGAGCAGACAUUCUUAAGAAAUUGUCCUGGCUAGUUCAGAACUAGCAAAACUCGGUGACUUAACAGAGGAUGACUCCAGUGACCAUCUAAAGUGUGGGACUCUAGCCAAGCAGGAAGGGUCGACUCAAUCCUUACUGGACAUACCGAUCCUGUGUGGGUCAAAGAUGAAUCUGCUUGGACAAGGAGAGGAAACAGGUUUCCCUAAAUCUACCCCCCACAGAAUUCCUGUCAUAUUGACCCUGGGAAUGACGACAGAAGUCAGGAAUGUUAGCUUGGGCAGGAAAGAUGCAAUCCUCACAAAAUAUAAACCAAUGUCUCCUAGCAAACAAAACUGGUCUAUUUGCAAGUCCAAAGUGUUAACACACCAUUUCAAACAGAUUGCUGGAAGCAGAGCUAAGUAAGACACUGCUUUGAAAAUACAUCAAAUCGAAUAUGACUGGAGACAAUACUUAAAGGCGGGGGGGGGGGGGCUGCUAGAGAUUUAAAUUGUUAAUGACAUUAACCGUGGAAGAGUCCCCGAGGAGGUAGGCUUUUGAGAGAGAGUGGAAUGCAUAUCAAGAUGCUCUGGCCUUGAAGGGAAUGAUUAUGUUCUCAAGGGAUCCUUCAUUUGAUUUUUUUAUUUAAGUAUUUUAAAAAAUAAAACUAAAGUAUAAAUUGCAUUAAAGGGAAUUUUCGAUGGAAACUACAAUAGAACUUUUAAAAGCUCUACUUUAAACUAUGUGAUGUAUAAAAAUAUUAAACACAUUCUAUAGAUAAAUGGAUCAUUCAGAAUUACUAAAUUAUCUCAUCUGACUAGACUAUUUAUUAUUUUGACCACAUAUAACACACAAGUCACAGGGCUUUCUUUGAAUUAAGUUGGCUAUAAGAUUGUCAUUAGGAGAAAAAAAAAACAGAAAAUAAAAACAAGCAAGAAACAACAACAAACAGCUGUCUCCAUUUACCAAUCUUCUUCCAGCUCCUUCUAAGGUCGAACCUGGUUUCACCCAUGGUUCCAAUUAGUGCCUCUCUGGCGAUAUGCAUAUUAUUAACCUGGAUAGAGAAGAAUACAGCUUUGCUUCCUUGAUCUCACAGUGUAACACUGACAAGACAAAAGUUCCCUAGAAAAGCAGGUGGGGCGGGGUGAAGACCCAGGGCGCUUGCGCUCUAGGUGAAACAUUUAAAAAGGUAACAGAAGCUGCCCUCCUUCGAAAAAAUGAUGAGUUUGAUUUAAAAAGAAAGAAAGAAAUUAACAAACUGUGUCGUGUGCUGCACAUGAUCAGCCAUGCUUGCUAAGUCUGUCUGUUGGCUGUUGCUAUGGCUACGAAAAGCCAGUGGAACCCAAUGAGCUCUCUGCAGCCGCGCUGAGAGGACCAGCCAUUUUACUUAUGGAAAGCAGUGUGGCAUAGAGCUUAGCUGUGGAAGAAGCAUUUAAAAAGAGAAAAAUCUUUGGAGAGCCACAAUGGGCAUGCUAGUGCACAGUUAUUGCAGCCACGUGUGCCCGCAAGCUGGCCCUGCGACAAGCUGUUGACUGGUGUUGCAAUUAGCUGAUUGGAGAACGGGGACUGCGGGGUGAUAAUGCUGCGUAUCCGCUCGCGGGCAGCAGGAAAGGGUUUUGUCUCGGGAAAGCAAGCCUGCCCUGCACGGCUAUCUCUGCAGCUCCCCAGCUGAGAGAACUCGGGGUUCUAAAGGGAGGGGUCGCCCUCUGCCAGCACAGAUUCUGUGCCAGGCUGUUGCUUAUGAGCUGCAGGUCUGGGAAAGCAGGUGUGUGCUCGGAUGGGCACUGGGCUGGAACGCAGGCGGACGCUCUAGUGUUCACCUGCUUCCUGUUAACAGACUGGUUGGCUCACAGAGCAUCUGCUCCUACACGCUGAAGCUGCAGCUGAGAAAGGGGUUCCGGGCAUCCCACUUGACUGACGGAGACGCUUGGAUUGGACUUAAUCUUAAACCUCUGGAGGUCAAGACCUUUUAAAAAGGGCUAAAUAAACACUCUCUACAUGUAAAAGGCCAGCGACUCCUACUUCCUCUGUUGGAGCAACUGAGGAGUUCGGCCUCUUCUAGGAAAACUGAAGAAGUUAAUAACAAACCCUUCAAGGUGAAAAUGAAUACAGAUAGCGGUGGGUGUGCUCGCAAACGUGCCGCCAUGUCUGUUACGUUAACAUCUGUGAAGAGAGUUCAAAGUUCUCCAAACCUAUUGGCUGCAGGGCGUGAGUCUCAGUCUCCAGAUUCAGCAAAAGGUUUUAGAAGCGUUCGGCCAAACCUGCAAGACAAAAGAUCACCGACCCAGAGCCAGAUCACUAUCAAUGGCAACUCUGGUGGCGCCGUGAGUCCAGUGAGUUACUAUCAGAGGCCAUUCUCCCCUUCUGCAUACUCCCUCCCAGCCUCGCUGAACUCCAGCAUUAUCAUGCAGCACGGCAGGUCUCUUGAUUCUGCAGAGACAUAUUCCCAGCAUGCCCAGUCCCUGGAUGGCACCAUGGGAAGCUCCAUCCCGCUCUAUAGAUCCUCCGAGGAAGAGAAGAGGGUCACGGUCAUCAAAGCCCCGCAUUACCCAGGGAUCGGCCCUGUGGAUGAGUCUGGAAUCCCCACAGCCAUUAGGACGACUGUCGACAGGCCAAAGGACUGGUACAAGACAAUGUUCAAGCAAAUCCACAUGGUACACAAGCCGGAUGAGGACACAGACAUGUAUAAUACUCCUUACACAUACAACGCAGGUCUGUACAACUCGCCCUACAGUGCUCAGUCCCACCCGGCUGCGAAGACUCAGACCUACAGACCUCUUUCGAAAAGCCACUCAGACAAUGGCACCGAUGCGUUUAAGGAGGUGCCCUCCCCAGUGCCUCCCCCACACGUCCCACCACGACCAAGAGAUCAGUCUUCAACACUAAAGCAUGACUGGGACCCUCCAGACAGAAAGGUGGACACCAGGAAAUUUCGAUCGGAGCCAAGGAGUAUUUUUGAAUAUGAGCCUGGGAAGUCGUCCAUUCUGCAGCACGAAAGACCCCCCCCUCUCCCACCAACUCCGACACCUGUUCCCAGGGAACCCAGCCGGAAGCCUCUCUCAGUGUCACCCUCAACAGAUGGCCUGCGUAGCCCUUCCCCUCCGCCCAGGAGCUGUGUCCCCGCACCCCGUCCGAGUGCCCCAGAUCUCUCUCCCACCCGGACGGGUCGCAUAAAUCCAGCUGACAUAGAUUUAGAAAAUGAACCCUGGUAUAAAUUCUUUUCAGAACUGGAGUUUGGACACCCGCCUCCUAAAAAGGCUCUGGAUUAUGUUCAAGAUCAUUCUUCCGGUGUGUCCAACGAGGUCUCCAUCUAUCAGUCCUCCAUAGACAGAAGCCUGGAAAGACCCAGCAGCUCUGCAAGCAUGGCCGGUGACUUUAGGAAACGGAGGAAGAGCGAACCUGCAGUGGGCCCACUCCGGGGCUUGGGGGAUCAGAGUUCAAGCAGGACCAGCCCUGGCCGGGCGGACCUCCCAGGAUCAAGUUCCACCUUUACGAAGUCUUUCAUUAGCUCUUCUCCUUCCUCUCCCUCGAGAGCACAAGAUCACGAGUCCCCUAGAAGUUACUCAUCUACUCUGACUGACUUGGGCAGAAGUGCAUCACGGGAACGAAGGGGAACUCCAGAAAAAGAGAAAUUGCCUGCAAAAGCUGUCUAUGAUUUCAAAGCUCAGACAUCUAAGGAGCUGUCAUUUAAGAAAGGAGACACUGUCUACAUCCUCAGGAAAAUUGACCAAAACUGGUAUGAGGGGGAACACCACGGCAGAGUGGGCAUUUUCCCAAUCUCAUACGUAGAGAAACUAACACCCCCGGAAAAAGCGCAGCCCGCAAGACCACCACCCCCAGUCCAGCCCGGAGAGAUUGGAGAAGCCAUAGCCAAGUACAACUUCAAUGCAGACACAAAUGUGGAACUCUCCCUGCGAAAGGGCGACAGGAUUAUUCUUCUUAAAAGAGUUGACCAAAACUGGUACGAAGGUAAAAUCCCAGGAACCAACAGACAAGGCAUCUUCCCCGUGUCCUAUGUCGAGGUUGUCAAGAGGAACGCAAAAGGUGCUGAGGACUACCCAGACCCUCCUCUGCCCCACAGCUACUCCAGUGACAGAAUUUACACCCUAAGCUCCAAUAAGCCACAGCGUCCUGGGUUCUCUCAUGAAAACAUUCAAGGUGGGGGAGAACCGUUUCAGGCUCUGUAUAACUAUACUCCUAGGAACGAAGAUGAGCUGGAACUCAGAGAAAGUGAUGUCGUUGAUGUCAUGGAAAAGUGUGACGACGGAUGGUUUGUGGGAACUUCAAGAAGAACCAAAUUCUUUGGUACUUUUCCCGGAAACUAUGUCAAAAGGCUGUGACUCACCUCACUCCUACUUUAUGCCACAUUUCAGCCACACAUCUGCAUUAACCCACCUGAAACAUCCCAGCAGGCCCCUUGCUGCCAUGCCUUAUGGUUCCCAAUCAGCCAUUACCAUCUCCACCUGCCGCCAGCCACCAAAUCACCAGCAGGAGGGUCUGCCUGCCACUGGGAGCCUUGGGGAGGCUGGGAGCCUUAGAGAAACGCAAGCUCACGCCUUCAUAAAUAUGCAGUUUCCUGCUUUCUGCCCUGAACUUUGAAAUGCCUGUGUAAGGAAUCAAAAUGAACAUGAUCGUACUUUUUAAAAGUGAAAUAAUUAAGGAAGAAAGAAAGAGGAAAAAAAGAGAGAGAGACUCUCCAGGAGACUGUCUGGUGUCAUGACUGAAUCGCCACCUCUCUGGAAGGUGUACCGUCCUCAGGAAGCCAGAAGGUUUUGUUUUGUUUUUUUCUAUGGUUCUCAUUUUCACCCUCAGCUUGGCAGUUCAUUUUCUUUUCACGAGUUUGCCUAGUGCUCUGGUUUACACUAUAUGACAACUAUACUUCAGCUGUUCUUUGCCUGCACUUAUUAUAUACAUUGUUUCAUGCACAGUUAUUACAAAUCAGGAGCGUUUGGAAAGUUCACUGGGACGAGUGUGAUUUUUUGUUGAGUGCAUUACAUCUUCACAUGGGGGCGGGGAGGUCUUUUCCCUGCCCAUGUUUUUUUGUGCUUAUUAGAGGUGCAAACAGCGAGCGAUUAAGAACUGUUGGUCAACUGUUACGAGACUAUAAAAGGCUUAGCCACACUACGGGACAAAUUGUGUUGUGAAUUCGCAUUGCUGUUUUGUGUACUAAAACGUAACCAUUGGCAUUGUGAACAACAAGCUCUUAGUGGUGUAUUUACCUGUUAAAACUUAAAAGCAGUGUUAGUGAGUUAGGCAGAGAGAUGAAAGUAAUACAGUCAGUAAGUUUCACUGCGUGCACACUGACACGUUUGAGAUUGUAGGAGGACAUAUAAUUCAUAUGCUAUGUUGUACAUUUUAUGGAAAUAUAAAAGAAUCCCACAUUAUUUUAUAGAGUACUUCAGGAGCAUCCUAAGUGUUAAGGCUGGCUUUAGCAAGGAUUAUGAUCAAUACAACUAUUUUUACUACAAUAAUUAUUUUUCUUCUAUGAGACCCAGAAUCCUGACUCCAUUUGCAGACAGGAAUAUAUAUGUGUUGAGCCUGAUUUUUUUUCUGGUGUGUGUAAAAUACUUCCUAGGAAUACACUGGGCACUUUUGGAAAUAAUGUUUAAAUCAUUCAGGUUGUGUUCCUGUCCCCAAAACAGAUCUACAAAAUAAUACCAAACCUGAAAGAUUCCAUGGAUUUACGGUGCCUGCAUUCCACAUAGCCAGAGACUUAGCUUUGUAUUUCAAAUGAAUUUGCAUAAAACCUGUUCAUCUUUAGCACCUUAUAGACAAAACUUUUUAUGGCUUUUCUCCCAUGGGCAAUGCUUGAUCUUAUACAACACUUACACUCUAGAAUAUUUUGUACAUAUGUUUGUUCUUUUUUUUUUUUUUUUUGUACAGACUAUUUACUUGUUCAAAAAAAACAGUAAGAUCUCCCAAUUUGUUCUUUAUCCUGCACUUAAACUGAGUUUAAACUCUUUCAGCAGAUCUCCCUUCGUGGUAUCUUCACAGAUCACAAGUAAAUGUGAAUCUGAAAGAUAGCAUCCACACAAAAUUCUAUAAUCGGAAAGAUCUUUGUAACUAAUCUGAAAUACACAUAAAUGUCAGUUACAGAGGAACAUUGUUGGGGGCAGGAGGUAAAGAAACAUCUUAGAGAAAUCCACUUUACUAUCAAGUUCACAACCAGUUUUAUAUUCGAAACGCUUGGAGUCAGCCAGCCAGCCACAUGCAGCUUUGCUGAUAAAUGGAUACCUUUUCACACCAUUUAUGAAAACAAAAUUUCAACUCUGUUGCCUGUUCUAUUUAAGAAAAAUUGCUGUUUCUACUCUCUGUAUCUGAUUUUAAAAGGAAAAAAAAAUUCACACCUGGCUUUCAGGUAACUGACUUUGGAUUCUUACAAGCAAAGGUCAUUGUGUUUUUUCUUGAGUAGAUACCUAAUAAAUUUUGCUUGAAAGUA